AUAUGAGGAAUCUAUAUGAGAUGGCGUAAUUUAAGGAGGGGCAUUAAAAGUGGCUGAGCACGGGCACUCAGAUGUCUCGUUAUCUGUGCUUCCAAGCUCUCUCCAACCAGCCCACAAACGACUCAUUUCCCUCCUUCCCUUCCAUUCCAUUUCACAGGAGUUUCGAACGAGCUUGUGAACUCCUAAUUCACAUCACUCAGUUAGCUUCCCAAACUCUCUCUCUCUCUCUCUCUCUCUCUAUAUAUAUAUAUAUACACACACACAUAUAUACGUUUAUAUAUCAGCAACUGGAGAAUCGAGAAUGCUGACAUGCGUAGCCAGUUCGAAGCAGCCCGGCGAUGAAUCCCUCAAUCAACCUCAACAAAUCAACUCCCAUGCCACUCCAAAUACCAAGCUUGCCAUCAAAUCUCUCACUUCUCAGAUCAAGGACAUGGCAUUGAAGGCAUCGGGGGCGUACCGGAACUGCAAUCCGUGUACGACGACGAUUCAGCAGCAGCAGCGAUACAACAAAGGCUACGUGGAGUCGUCGGCGUCGGAGAGAUUCCGGUACCGGAGGACGGCGAGCUCGAACUCCAGUUCCACGGCGUCGAGGCAGUGGGGGAAGGAGAUGGAGGCGAGGCUCAAAGGAAUCUCGAGCGGGGAGGGGACGCCGGCGUCGGCUAGCGGGCGCCGGGUCGACCCGAUCGUGUUCGUGGAGGAAAACGAGCCGACUGAGUGGGUCGCUCAGGUGGAGCCAGGAGUUCUCAUCACCUUUGUUUCGAUGCCACGUGGCGGCAACGAUCUCAAGCGUAUUCGGUUCAGCCGAGAAAUGUUCAACAAAUGGCAAGCUCAAAGGUGGUGGACAGAGAACUAUGACAGGGUAAUGGAACUCUAUAAUGUUCAGAGGUUAAACCGUCAAGCUUUCCCGCUUCCAACUCCUCCCAGAUCUGAAGAUGAGAUUUCAAAAUUGGAGUCCGUUGAGGACAGCCCUAUUACACCGCCACUGACUAGAGAACGGCUACCUCGCACCAUGUACCGUCCUUUGGGAACUGGAAUGGGAUACUCAUCCUCAGAUUCACUUGAUCACCACCCAAUGCAAUCUCGCUACAACUAUGACUCUGGUCUGACCUCAACCCCAAAACUGUCAAGCAUUAGUGGAGCUAAGACAGAAACAUCAUCAGUAGAUGCCUCCAUAAGGACUAGCUCAUCAAGGGAGGCAGAUCGCUCUGGAGAGCUAUCCAUCAGCACUGCCAGUGAUCUAGAGGCUGAAUGGGUUGAACAGGAUGAACCAGGGGUUUACAUUACCAUCAGAGCACUGCCUGGCGGCAAAAGGGAACUCAGACGUGUCAGAUUCAGUCGAGAAAAGUUUGGGGAGAUACAUGCGAGACUGUGGUGGGAAGAGAAUCGAGCAAGGAUACAUAGACAGUACUUGUGACUGACUGAAACAGUAUGGUUUCAAUUGGUCUUGUUUGCUGAUUGGGGAAGUGGCGACUUCACAGAAUUCUUUGUUCUGCCAUUCCGUUGAAGUCGUCUCUUCAAGAAUGUGACAAAGAUAUGCUAGCUCCUGGCUGCAUUGUUUGUAACUGAGUUGCAUUUAUAUAUGAGUCGUCUUGGCGGCUUUCCAAUUGCUUCUAAAAUAUCUUUGUGAGUUGUGCUCUCUCUCUCUCUCUCUCUCUCUCUCUAGUGGUGUAAAACUGUGUUGGUCAAAGCAUGUUGGUUCUGGUUCUGUAUUUGGAGUAUUGGUGGGUAUAGAAGUUGAAAGUUGACAAAUAUUGAAUUUUGAAGUGCAAAACAAUGUCAAAUUAAUGAAAUGUCUAUUCUCUC